AUGAGUGCCUUGCGAUCAAACUUUUGUCCAAUUUGCCGAAAAUCGGAAAAUCUUCGAAGAUGUCAGGGUUGUAUGGUGAUGCUAUAUUGUUGUAGAGAACAUCAGACCGCUGAUAGAAUAACUCACGAAGUGGCGUGCGAUAAAGUAAAGAAUGCCAGAAUCGUCCAUCAAUUGGCUGAGAGGUUUUUGCGUGCAGAACCACCAAGUUUCAUGUUACCGGCGAAUGUGUUCGAAACGGGAGUGGGACGUUUUUGGGACAUCUUGGACACACGUAACUACAUGCGAACAAGAUAUCUUCUCGUCGAAUAUUUGAUAGAAAUCAAGACUUACGAUGCUGUCAAAGCUGCACUGAAUCAUGCACUGGAAAUGUUGCGCUUGUGUCGCAAAGACAAUUUGCGGCUUCGAUUCACGGUUCCAGCACUAUUCAUACGACUGGGAAACGAUCAGGAGUGUUACGAUUUCAUGAAAUGGCACACAACUACCGGUGCAAGCGAUGACUACGAUUGGGAAGACAUGGAUCAACCAUUUCUCGAUGUCACAGAUGCCGACGUUUCGGAACCGGUUGAUGUAUUUACAGGACGAUUGGCUCACAUGGAAUUUGCUGUAGCAUUGAUGCUGAUCAAAAUAAAAUUUUUACGGGACGUGCGAACACUGCAAUAUUCGCUCUUCAUGUACGACCAAGUGCCGCUUCCUAUGGAACUGACCGAUCGCAUCCGCAAAGAAGCUAUCGACGGCACCAUUGUCUCGAAGCGAAAGGAUCUGUUCAUCAGUAAAAAUCUGAAUCCUUUGAUCGAAACGUUACUCAAGCAGAUGAAGCAGCUGUUCGACUUCGUACAGACGGGGAAUAAGUACAUUUGGCCCGGUCUCAUCGAUCCGAAAGACUAUUUGGACGCAACGCCAGCGUGUCAGUACAGUGAAGCAAGUGAAGAUCAUGCCCAGGUAACCGUUCAACACUAUUACGAGGCGUAUGAGGAGACGUCUGAUGCAAUUAAGGUGAUCAAAGAAAUGGUCGAACUGGAUAGUCGAUCGUAG